AUGCGAUGCUCUUUGGCGUUGCGCAAAGUCACAAAGGUCCCUACGCGCAGCGUGGUGCCGGCGGACGAGCUUCGCUAUCAUCCGCGGUAUUCGAUCUCUCGAAAGAUGGUGCUCAGCAGCUCUUUUAACAGCGUAGAUGAAAAAAACCGGUUUGUUUCUUUGCGUAUCAUAUUGGAGAGGCUCAGUGGUCACGCUGGAAGGCGCCAGUACAAAAUGAUGUGUGACUUUACCCGCCACUUCGAGAAACUGAAGGAGGAGGGAAUUGAUUGGCAUGAACUCAAGUGGUUAAAUCGGACCGAAUUACUAGAUCUGUUUGACAAUGUUCUCGCUCUCUCACGCACGGAACGAGCCGUACUUCUUCCAGCCAUUGAGGCGAAGACGUGUGGAGUCCUUCGUCGCUCCGACACGAGACACUCCACAUCGAUUUGUGUUAAUCGGGGCGUGGCGGAGCAUGGGUGGCGUUGUGGACUCUACGGCCACACAAACGAUGUCUACUUUGAAGGGAAGACAAAGGCUAAUCCUGCCGCUCUGCAACUUUACCAUCGCUCUUCUGUUCGUAGUGUUGAACGUUCUGGUGUACGGGUUGAGGUGAGGACGGCCCCUGACUUCUCUGUUGUGGGCCGUUUUAAUCAUUCGCUCAGUCCACGCGUCUGGAGCACCCCCGAGAAUCCUGUUUUUCAGGUCUCGACGAUCGGGUACGAGUUCCGCGUUCAUCCCGAGGACCCACGCGUGGUCCCACAGAUAGAGGCAGCGGCGCAUGAGUGGGAACUACAUGCGGCAGUCACACAACAAGUCGUCUGGGAGAUGCUGGAAAUGUACGCGGUUGAGCGCAAUCCACAGCCGUUGGAGUUGAAGUCCGGUGAGAUGGGCGCCCCCGAUUGCCCAAGUGCGUAUUCCAGCGCAUUCACCGUGGUACAUGAAUCGGGUGCUGAAGUGCCGGCGAAACAGGCUGCACGAACGGAGCAGCGCAUGGUGUCAACGGAUGGUCGUGAGGUGCCUUGGUUUAGGGAACCUUUGCCGCAAAUAUUCGAGGAUGGAAUUCCCGUUAUUCUGCCUUUUGCUCCCUCUAUCGUCGUGAGGAGUUCCUUUCGUCAAGUGACGCGUUCAUCGCUUGCUGAGGUGGAGCGUCAAUUGUUACAACCGGUUGUUGACAUUACUUGUUUUUUGCAUCCUCAAGCCUGUUUUUGGUGGAGCGAGGAGGAUGGGGAGCGGUGCCUCAACCACAUCGUUGAAUACGCGAAACGUAUACCUUAUGCUCUACCCUUCAACCUGUAUCUUCGCGUCGACACCACUAAGGAUUUUCGUAGCGUCCCAAGCAGAUUAGAGGAAAUGGAAAAGCGUCUCGAAGAGAAGUCGCAUUACUUUAAUCCUCGACACUUUCGAGAAUCUAUUACAAGUCAUUGCAGGAAGUAA